AGUCUGCUGCCGGCCGUCGACGCGCUCACACACUCGGUUACAUGGAGGCGAGCAGAGGGACGAACUUGUGUUGAAUCGAGCGCAGGAUACUUGUUCACAUUAACGCGAACUGUGUGGUGUGGGAUGAGACUUUAAUCUGAUCUGUCAUCCUUGAACUGCCACCGUUUCUUUGCUCAUUUCCCACUGACUGAAAUGAGAACCGCUGAAGACUCAUCUGGCACGGUCCUGCACCGUCUCAUCCAAGAGCAGCUCCGCUACGGGAACCUGACAGACACUCGCACGCUCCUCGCCAUCCAGCAGCAGGCCCUGCGUGGAGGCAGCAACAGCGGCGGCGGGGGCACGGGCAGCCCUCGCUCAUCUCUGGAGAGCCUGACUCAGGAGGAGUCCCAGUACAUCCACAUGUCAAAACGACAGGAGCCUCAAGGCCAGGAGCACCAGGGGGACGGCCUGCACUCCGAGAGCCAGGUGUGCCACCUGUACCAGCUCCACGGAGAGGAGCUGCCCACCUAUGAGGAAGCCAAAGCCCACUCCCAGUACCUGAUCUCUCAGCAGGGACAGGCAGAGCAGGAAGGCCCCAGCAUGGACAUAAUGGGGGUUCACAGCGAGGGACAGUGGGAUAUGAAGAGGGAGCACGCUCGCUCCCUCAGCGAGAGGCUUCUGCAGCUUUCUCUGGAGAGGAACGGACUGAGACACAGUCUGGCUAUGAGCUCUUCACACAGCUAUCCACAGCUGUGUAAUAAUAAUAAUAAUGUAAACACUGUGGCCCCUGACAGACAAGGGGUCCAACAGUGUGUGGACCAGCGCGGGCCACCCCCGGACUAUCCUGUCAUUGCCAGACUCCCUGGAUAUAUGGUCAGCCACUCACAGGAGCAUGGACAGUACUGCAGAGACCCUCCUCCACCCUUCUUCUCACAGCACGACAGGUAUGUGUCGGCUCAGUCCCAGGUGGCUCACAACAGCAUCACCGCCGCCUCCAGCGGUAACUCAGCUCAGACCGACAUGUUGAUGCGGGAGAACGAGCGGCUCAGGAAGGAGCUGGAGGUCUACGUCGAGAAGGCCGCCAGGCUGCAGAAGUUGGAGUUGGAGAUCCAGAGGAUAUCUGAAGCGUAUGAAACCCUGAUGAAGGGCUCUGCCAAGCGGGAGACUCUGGAGAAAACAAUGAGGAAUAAACUAGAGGCUGAGAUUAAGAGGUUGCACGACUUCAACAGAGACCUGAGAGAACAACUGGACACGGCUACCAAACAGCGAGCGGCCGAGUGUUCAGACCAGAGGCAGCAUGUCUUUGUUAAGCUGCUGGAGCAAAAUGAGGAGCAGCAGCGUGAGCGCGAACAGCUGGAGAGGCAGAUACAGCACCUGCGUGUCUCCGGAGAGGACUGCCAGCGGAGACGGGAGAUGCUCGAGCAGGCGCUGGCCUCGACGCAGGCCCGCAACCGGCAGCUGGAGGAAGAGCUGCAGAGGAAGAGGGCCUACGUGGAGAAAGUGGAGCGACUGCAGAGCGCGCUGGCUCAGCUGCAAGCGGCCUGCGAGAAGAGGGAGACGCUGGAGCUGCGGCUGCGCACUCGGCUGGAGCAGGAGCUGAAAAGCCUGAGAGCACAACAGUCUCAGAACCAGGCCGCUGACCCCACGGCUUCAGAGCUGAGCUCCUCCACGUUGCAGCAGCAGUUGAGGGAGAGAGAGGAGCGUAUUCUGGCCCUGGAGGCCGACAUCACCAAGUGGGAGCAGAAGUAUCUGGAGGAGAGCACCAUGAGGCAGUUUGCAAUGGAUGCAGCUGCCACUGCUGCAGCGCAGAGAGACACAACCAUCAUCAAUCACUCGCCUCGACAUUCGCCAAACAACAGUUUCAAUGAAGACCUCCCUUUGUCGAGUCACAGACAUCAGGAGAUGGAGAACAGGAUCCGCGCACUUCACGCUCAGCUCCUGGAGAAGGAUGCUGUCAUCAAAGUCCUCCACCAGCGCUCCAGAUUGGAGCAGGGCAAGCUGGAGAAACAGGGGCUUCGUCUCGCCAGGUCCGUCCCCUCUAUCAACACCGUGACCAGCAGCACAGAGAGCAAAGCAAAGAGCCUCUCAGAUGACCAGACAGGUGCUGCUUCUGCUGCCGCGCUGCAACCCCGACCCCGCGUGGUGCCCAAGCGCCCCAGCCGGGACUGCAGCACCCAGAGUGACGAGGCCCCGCCGGAGCCUGCGGUGACGGCAGAGCUGAAGAUGUUUGCGCCGUUGUCAGCAGCCACAACCGACACCUCGGAGGAGCCAAAAGCACCACUCAAGACAUUCAAGAGCAUCAACAGCUCGGACGCGGAGAUGGUUGAAAUCCUCAUUUGAGCGCUCACUCCAGCUGCAUAUGACUGAACACUGACAGCCAACGAUGACAGAGACUUUUUGGCCGGAGGUGUUAAGGGCCUUCCUUGACGUCUGACCACAAGUGAAGAAAAGGCUGGUGUAAAUAUAAAUAACAGUCCAGAACGUGGCACAGUGUGGAGAUGGAGAGCUGAGCUUUCCCUCGACUGCACGAGUCGCCUCACGAGUCAGAAUGGUUCAAGGUACCUGGACUGAAUUGUGCGCUAAGAAAGGAACCGGGCUGCUGAUUGUGCAUAUGUUGUGCAUGUUAUGUUUUGUUUUUUUUUGUUAUGUUUUGUAUUUAUAUUUGUAAAUGCUGCUCAUAUUGUGAGAUGAGGAGAACAAGGAUCACUCAUCUUGCUCUGGUCCACUUAAAUUAUACACAGAUAUACCCGUCUGAAUUAAGAGCUCAACACAUCUAUGUUAUGUUUGGUUUAUUUAGAAUUUCCAGUAGCGAUCCUAUUACUAAGUCUCUCUGAAAAUAAUGGGAAUAUUUAUAAAAUGACUCAGUAUGAGGAUAAAUCUGUCUAACAGAGCCACUCAAGCCUGAAUUAACAGUUGCUCCCCUCUUUAAAAUACACUCGGGUCGUGCUCACAGCUCAGCGGAGGAUUUGGAAACUUCCUUUGAAUGCGAAGCCUGCUCAUUUCUCUCUUAAAAAAGCCAGCGAGGAUUGACAGCGUUUCACGGGGGUCUAAUUUUCCAGAUCCCAGGUUAAUGUUCGGGGGGCCUCAGACGGCGACUGGCCAGCAUUUCGCUUCCCUCCGCUGACAUGCUGGAGCUAAUCUUCUCACAUUCCCCUGGCUGAGGGAAUGCUCCCGUUAAAGAAAAAAGGCUAUCUAAAGUCUGACCCCUAGCCCUUGUUAAAAUGGCACGCAUUCUCCACAUGAUUCCUUUUCUGGGGCUGUUCGUUUCUUCUGAACUGCGGUAGCUUGUCCUACUGCAGGCACAGAAAUGGUCAACUAUUAUUGGCCUGCAUUUGCCCCUCUACUUGUUGUCCCCAUCAAUGUGUUAUAUUCAGCUGUGUUUUCCCCCGUUGCUCAAGUAUCUCACAUUUCUGAGUUAUCCCCAACAUGGAAUCUUUCUAUUUAUUUCUCCCUGUGUGUGUAGGAUCACUGAACACUGCUGAAUGUAGACUCCUGUUUCCCAGUGACUGUGUUUUAUAUUUAACUGGAAUGUGCCACAGUUCAGAUUUGUUCUACUCUUUAGAGGGGAAAUACUGCUUAAAACUCAACAUAAGUGGAUUUGUGAAGAAGCUAAUAAAUCACCCUCCAGUCUCUGUAUUGUUGAACAAAUGUAAAGUUGUCGGGUGCCUCAAACUCUUCAGUCUCCUCAACAGGAGCAUUGUUAGAGCUCCCACAAUUAGCAUGUCAAUUCUUCAGGCUUUUUCAUCAUAUGUCUGGUCACAGUGCAUUUGCUGGUCAAUGCAGUGUGUCAGUUUGAGUCAGUGCCCUUCACUUUGUUUGGAAUGUGUUUACAUGAAUGACUAUUUGAAGUGAGAGAAGCUAAUAUAUUUUGUUUUGUUUUUUUUUCAUUUAUAUACUUUUUUUUUGUUUCCUGGUGCCAAAGAUGUACUCUAUUUUUAAGUUAUAACCGAUGAUGAAUACAAAAGGUUCUGUUAAGGUGCCUUGCUUCAGCUGGUUGACCCAUUUUGAUGUUGCUGUGAACUUUUGUAAAGGAAACAUUUGUAUGUAUGCCUUAACAUUUCACUACAAUAGAAUAAAAUUCUUAAUAUAUGUCUGA